AUGGCUGCCCUCUUAUCUCUUCUCCCCAGUGUGUACGGCUGCCCUCUAGCCAAGAAGAGAAAAGGUCUGGACAGACAAACCCUGGAGCCCUCCCCGAAGAGGACCACCUACCUGGAUGACAUGGACAACUCCACAAUGGAGGAGUGCUACGAGACGGACGGCACAGAGGAGAUGGACGACAGGGAAGAGGAAGAAGAGGAGGAGGAAGGAGCGGUAGAGGAAGAGGGAGAGGUGGAGGAGGAAGAGGAGGAAGGGUACGCAGACUACAACCUGGAGCCGAUGGAACACGAGGAAGGGGAGGAGGAUAGGGGGGAGGGCGUGGAGGAGGAGGAGGAGGAGGAAGAAGAAGAGGAGGUGGAGGUGGAACAGGAGGAGGUGGAGGAGGGGGAGGGCGAGGAGGAAGAAGAUGAGGAAGAGGAGGUGGAGUACGAAGAUGGGGAAGAGGAGGAAGGGGCGCAGAGUCAAGGGCAAGAGGACGAUCUGAUGAACAGCGGUGACAGUGGCGAGGGCAGUGAGGGUGACGGCAGUGGCGGUGACAAUCCUAAAUCUGGCCCGGCGAUGGAGAAGGACGAUAACAACAACGACGAGUACGAGAACUACGAUGAACUGGUGGCCAAGUCCCUCCUGAACCUGGGCAAGAUCGCCGAAGACGCGGCGUACCGCGCCAUGACAGAGUCCGAGAUGAACAGCAACUCCUCUAACAGUGCCGAGGAAGAGGAGGAAGAGGAAGAGGAGGAAGAAGAGGAGGAGGAGGAAGAUGAGGAGGAAGAAGAGGAGGAGGAGGAGGAGGAAGAAGAGGAGGAAGGCGAGGGGGAUGAGACACAGAAGGGUGAUCUAACUUUGGAUGUGGACAGUGAUGUGGUUAGGGAGACAGUGGACUCCCUAAAACUUUUGGCGCAAGGCCACGGGGCUGUACUGUCCGACAACUUGGACGGGCAGGGCUAUGAGGAUGGCAUUGGUGUGAACGGGGAAGAAAUUGACUGUGCUCGCAAUGGGGGAAAUGGACACAACGGUGGUAACGGACAGGCUAAGACCUCCAGUAACGGACAAUUAGAGGACAGUGAUGAGGAGGUGUGUCUUAGCAGCCUGGAGUGUCUCCGAAACCAGUGCUUUGACCUGGCUCGGAAACUUAGUGAAACAAAGUCUGCUGACCGCAUUGGGUCCUCCCAGUUCAAUCAUUAUUCGGGCGCUGACGCCCACCAACAGCCCCAGCAUCAGGGCUACGAGGACUUCCAUCAGAGCCAGGAGGAGAGGCGGACGCUUGACAGGAACUAUUCUGAUAUGGUCAAUCUGAUGAAGCUGGAGGAACAACUAAGCCCACGCUCCAAGGCCUUCUCCAGCUGUGCGCAGGAUGACCGGUAUCACAACCAUCACCGGGACUUUGACGAGGACACCACCUCGGUGACCUCAGAUAGAUCGGAGGAAGUGUUCGACAUGACGAAGGGGAACCUGUCCCUUUUGGAGAAGGCCAUUGCGCUAGAGUCGGAGCGUGCUAAAGCCAUUAGAGACAAAAUGGCGGCCGACGCUGCCAGGAGAGAUGGAGUGAGGUAUAACCACGAGGAUCAUGGCCCACGGAAUGGCUACGGUGUGGAGCGUAAGGCCCGGCUACCUGAUGGUAUGAAGAAGCCCUUCUAUCAUAAAGAUUCCUCACGCACAGAUAAGAAGGAGAGUCGGUGUCCGACGCCGGGCUGCGACGGCACAGGCCAUGUGACGGGCCUGUACCCCCACCACCGAAGCCUGUCGGGGUGUCCGCAUAAAGACAGGGUGCCACCAGAAAUUCUGGCUAUGUAUGAGAAUGUUCUUAAGUGUCCUACGCCCGGCUGCACAGGACGCGGCCAUGUCAAUAGCAACAGAAACUCCCACAGGAGUCUGUCAGGAUGUCCCAUCGCCGCAGCCGAGAAACUGGCCAAAGCCCAGGAGAAGCACCAGAACUGCGAGGGCUCCAAGUCAAACCAAGCUUCAGACCGAGUCUUAAGGCCUAUGUGCUUUGUCAAACAACUGGAGUAUCCACAGUAUGGUUACAAGAACAAUGUCUCCACCAGCACGCCGCGCUCCAACCUGGCCAAGGAGCUGGAGAAGUACUCCAAGACCAGUUUUGACUACAGCAACUUUGACGGUAGCAACAACCACCAAGUGUAUGGGAAACGCGCCAUCGCGCCCAAGGUCCAUGGACACCGGGACACCUCCCCGAAAGGAUAUGAUGCCAAGCGUUACUGCAAGAACUCCAGCUCAGCCAGCAGCACCACCAGCACCUACGCCCCGAGCAGUAGCAACAGCAGCCUGAGCUGUGGAGGAGGGGGAGCAGGAGGUGGAGGGGGAGGAGGUGGUGGGGGAGGCGGUGGCAGCAGCGCCAGCAGCACCUGCAGUAAGAGCAGCUUUGACUACACCCAUGACAUGGAGGCGGCCCACAUGGCAGCCACGGCCAUCCUCAACCUGUCCACACGCUGCCGGGAGAUGCCUCACGGCCUCAGCGGAAAGCCACAGGACCUCUGCUCGCAGAGUCCCAACCUAGAUGUUGAUGAGAACGGUACAUUGGACCUGAGUAUGAGCAAGCGUCUGGGCAGUGGCGCCGGUGGUGGCAGCGGGGAUUCGGUGCUCACCCCUCUAGAGCCCAUGUCCCCCCAGAGGCAGGCCGCCCUGCUGGGCUCACGCUGCUACAGCAUGGGGGACGCCACCGACUGCUGGGACCUGCCUGUAGACUACACCAAGAUCAAACGCAUAGACGAAGAUGAGAAAGAGCCGGAUGACUUGGACCCCUUCCACGACCUGCUGGACGACCGCUCGUACGCCACUGACGUUAACAUGCCCAGUCCCAAGCCUAAGUAUGUCCAGUGCAAGGAGACCAAAAAGGACCUGAUAACAUGUCCCACACCGGGGUGUGAUGGAAGUGGUCACUUGACGAGCAAUUUCGCCUCACAUCGAAGUCUCUCAGGUUGUCCUUUAGCUGAUAAAAGCAUUCGAAGCAUGCUGGCCACCAACGCGCAAGAGCUCAA